AUGACUCGGAUACUGACCAUAUGUAUAUUAUGUGUUAUAUUCUUCUUUGAGAACUGUUAUUCUCAAAACCAAAAUAAUUUAGGAAGGGGACAAAAUUUAAAUGUAAAUAAUGGACAAGGAACCGGAAGGCGUCCAUUACAAGGAAAUAAAAGACCAUCUGCUCAAAGUUUAGGAAUGUUCGGUGGACAAAAUAGUGGCCAAAAUGGCAAUCCUUUCGUAAACCGACAAAACAUGCAGCAGGGGCAAUCUUGGGGCAACACCAAUAAUAAUAAUAAUGGACCAUCAUCCAUGUCUAGGCAAUUUGAGAACAGUGGACAUUCAAACCAAUCUCCAAACCAAAUUAACAUAGAAAAGCUGAAACUUCAUUUACAAAAAGCCCAAGGUAUGCAGCGAAAUGCUGGAAAAGGAUCGAACAAAAGGAAUCAGGGAAAUGGACGUAAUCGUGGCCAAAACCGUGGAAAUAGUAAGGGUCCGAAUAAUUUCUCGGCUUCACAGAGUAAUGGUAAUAUGAAUGCAAAUCUGAAUGGGAAUUCAAGAAAUGCGCAAUCCUUUCAGUUUCGAGAAAAUCAAAGAAAUCCAAAUUCAAACAACCUAAAUCAACAAAGUCCAAAUGGCCCAAAUCCAUGGAAUUCAAAUCCAUCUGGAAAUUCUAAUCAGUGGAAUUCAAAUCCAGACCAUUCAAAUCAAAGGAAUUCAAAUCCAAACCGUUCAAAUCAAAGGAAUUCAAACGGCCAAAGUCAGUGGAAUUCAAAUCCGAAUGGCCCAAGUAACAUUCAACAGCAGCAACACAAAAAACAACAGCCACCAACUAUGCCAAACAAUGCAAUGAGUCACAACAAGGCAAACACGAAAAAGACGACCAAAGGAAACAUGAACAAAAUGAAGAAACCUCAAGCCAAAAAUAGGAAUAACAUGGCAAAGAAAAACCCACAACAAAAGCCGCCACGUGGAAUGAACAUGAAACCAAAGAAAGUAUCUCCGAGAAAGUUCUAUUGGAAAACUAUUUUCCCAAGUGGCACUGCGGCGGAAGAAAGUGCCGAGGUGUUGUAUAGUACUAAACUGGUUCUCAUCAAUUCUGAGAGUGCACCAGCUAUAGACGAAUUCAACAAAGGGGGUAUUCUGAUGGAUUUCAGAAGAGGAAUGAUGGCGGUGCGUAUGGAUGUAAUACCUGGAACCAAUUUCCCCGGAAUGCCUUUCAAUGGACAGAGAGCUUGUUUCCUUAUGAAGAAUAUUACAACAUUUGAUCAAGCAGUGAAAGAAUUGCAUAGCAGAGGAAAGACAAAAAGAAAUCUAGAGAUGGGAGAAAUGAUGCAUAUGACGGCUACCGUAAAGCAGCGUUUAGACGGACCAGCCGUGCGAAGACGAGGCGGAGUCUUCAUCACCAGGUACUGUCAGGACGCCAUCAACAGCAACAAUGUCUAUCUAUUAUUACCCGAGGCGCCAGUGGAGAUGAGUCCGAAGACAUUCCAAAUAUCGGGUCUUAUUAACGCUAUGGAACCAUUGUAUCCGAUUCCUGUUAAUAUUGGUGUAGAGAUGACCAUUGACUUCGGACCACCUCCAACCAUGACACCUGCCAUGAACUUUAACCCCUCCACACCCGGAUGGGGUAGAGGUUGGGGAAACAAUGGCGGGUGGGGUUAACU